UCAAACCAAAGCCUGCCCUUUAAUCUCUCUUUCACGAGCUUGAUCUUGUGUUUCAUCUUCAACCUCAUCAUCAAAUUUUGGUUUCCCUCAAAUGGACGGCACAAUGAGUUAUCGGCCGAGGAUCAUGGUGACCAACGAUGAUGGAAUCGAUGCGCCUGGUUUACGAGCUUUAGUCCACGUCUUGGUCUCAACUGGUCGUUACGAGGUUCAGGUCUGCGCUCCUGAUUCGGAAAAAUCUGCUGUAAGUCAUAGCAUUACUUGGCGUCGUGCUCUUUCUGUUAGCAGAGUUGAAAUUGAAGGAGCAACAGCUUACGCAGUUUCUGGAACACCAGCAGAUUGUGCUUCUUUGGGAAUCUCCAAAGUCCUCUUUCCUGCAGUUCCUGAUCUGGUUAUCAGUGGCAUCAAUAUGGGUAGCAACUGUGGAUAUCACAUUGUCUAUUCAGGGACAGUGGCUGGUGCUCGAGAGGCCUUCUUUUAUGGUGUACCUUCUAUUUCUGUGUCAUAUGAUUGGGUUAGAGGCUUUAGCAGCAUUCAUGACUUCAAACUAGGCGCUGAGGCUUGCUUGCCCAUCAUAAAUGCAAUACUGACUGAGCUGAAAAAUAAAACGUAUCCUGAAAGAUGCUUUUUGAAUGUGGAUUUGCCGACAACCAUUGCAAGUCAUAAGGGAUAUAGGGUGACUAAACAGGGGAAGAGUAUUAUCAAAAUGGGAUGGAAGCAGGUUACUUCUGAGACACAAGGAGGAAAUAUAUUAUCAACAAUGACUAUGGAGACUGACACACCAGCAGCUACCGAGAUGGAGGCAGACUCACCAGCUUCAGAAGAACAACUUUUAUUCAAGAAAGAAGUGUUAGGUCCACAACUUGAAGUGGAGGAUAGUCAGGAUACAGACUUCGAAUAUCUUAAAGAAGGAUAUAUAACAAUAACUCCUAUUGGUGCCCUCUCUCAUGCUGAGAUGGAUUGUCAGGCCUAUUUCAAAGAUUGGUUGCCACGUGCAGUUGAAUGCCCAUCUUCAUCAGCCUUAUAAUGUCGAUCUCCAUGCAUGUGUUCUUCCAAGUUCAGACAUUGCUAAAGACAUUCUUUGGGUGUCCCGUCUAUACUAUAUCAUUAUUCCCAGCCUUGUUUCAGUCUUCUAUCAAGAGAGUCUGCUUUUGUGGAGAACAAUGAAGUGACACAUAUGGCAUACUUAUAAGAAUUACUAUUAGAGUGACUUUUACUGUCGAUUGUAACAAACUGACCAUUUUUUGAAGAUAAAAUAAAUCUUUAAGAUAUAUUUUCAGUGAUCAA